UGUUCCAAAUCCACAGAUUUUGAUAGAUAGACUUUAUGCUACUACAUUUUCGUUAAUUCCAUAACAAACUUUCUUUUUUCUUUUUCCUCUGUUGUUUAUCAAUGUCUACUCUCUGAUUUUCAAGAACCCAUUUUUAUUUCCAUGGCUUUGCCUCAAAUCUUACCUUCUUCUUCUUCUUUCACUCACAAACCCCAGUUAAAUCCUUGUAAUUACUUUUUUACCCCACUAUCUAAUAACCCUAAGUGUCACUUUACUCCACAACCACUCCUCCAUCGCCGGCGCCGCCGUAAUAAUUACACUCUCCGAUGCUCCGCCUCUUCCUUCCCGGAGAAACACCACACCGGCAGUUCACCCAACUCCGACGACGUUGUCGAGCUUCCACUUUUUCCUCUCCCUCUUGUCCUCUUCCCCGGCGCAAUCCUCCCGCUCCAAAUCUUCGAGUUUCGUUACCGUAUAAUGAUGCAUACACUCCUCCAAACCGACCUUCGUUUCGGCGUUAUUUACUCCGAUAGCGCUACCGGUACCGCCGACGUUGGCUGCGUAGGCGAAGUCGUUAAACACGAACGCCUCGUCGACGACCGGUUUUUUCUAAUCUGUAAAGGGCAAGAACGGUUCCGGGUCAGUAAACUCGUCCGUUCCAAACCGUACUUAGUUGCUGAGGUGACGUGGCUGGAAGACCGUCCGUCAGCUAACGGAGAAGAUGACGUGGAAGGUUUAGCUAACGAAGUGGAAAAUUACAUGAAAGACGUGAUCCGUUUGUCUAACAGAUUGAACGGGAAAGCUGAAAAGGAGGCAACAGAUUUACGACGGAAUUUAUUUCCGACGCCGUUUUCGUUUUUCGUUGGGAGUACGUUUGAAGGAGCCCCACGGGAACAACAAGCGUUGCUUGAGUUAGAAGAUACAGCUGUGAGAUUGAAAAGGGAAAAGGAAACUUUGAGGAAUACUUUGAAUUAUUUAACUGCUGCUUCUGCUGUUAAGGAUGUAUUCCCAUCUUCGGGAUGAAAAACGACUUAUUAGGGACUAAGGAGACUGCUAGCUAAACCAGCAAAGGAAAAAUAGUCUUUUGCAAAUGGGGAAUUUAAUCUUCUCAGUAGCUAGUUUGCGGUGUUAUUUAAACACAAGUAGCUGCUGCAAUCUUGCAUCAUGCUCUCUUCUUCUUCAAUGAGAGUUAUGCAUGAAAAUUUUCAGGAGUAAUUUACUAUGCUUGCAGCAGUCUAAUUACAACGUCCACCACUGGAAAGAAACUGUGCAGCAUUUCGUCUAACUAUGACAGCAACUAUGCUGCAAGAGUAAUUUUUAGUAACAUGCACUUUGAUUGCCUUAUUAGUCCUUGGUCUUAGUAACUAUCAGUAUUCUUGCUGUCUUUAGUACUGCAAAGGUAUGUAAGGUUCAAGUUGUACCAUGUUGCUGAAAUUUUUGGAUCU